AUGAAAAAAAUAUUUCCAUCAAACACUUAAAAUGGAGUUUCAAUAGUAGAUCCUGAUUAGACUACUGUUUAGAGACUCCAUUAAUCUCAAACAUCUAAAGCACAUUUCUCUAUGGUUCCUAGUGAACCUAGUUAGUCAUCAUAUGAGAUUAUUGAGAAGAACAAAAUUCAAUAUUUAGAAUAUUAUGGUUAAUAUUCAGAAUAAAGAUUUAUGGAAAAUAUGGCAGGUUAUUAAAUAUCAUUAAAUGAUAGGUUUGAUGCCAAUCUCUGAGAAACUCAAAUUGCUUGAAAACUUCUUAAAUAUGUUUGAAGAAAUGAUGUCAUGUCUAAAUACUAUUUUGAAUAACCUAAUUUUAAUCAACUUUACUACAUAAGACUUUUACUAGAUAUAUAAUACUACUCCAGAAAAUGUUGCUAAUACUUUAUAUAAGGAUAUAAAGGUAUUAAUAAAUAUAUUUUAAAGACACUUGAAGGUCUUCAUUUAGAACUACAAUUUUAAUCAUCAUUAAGAUAUUUGGAGACUGUACUUGAGGCUCUAGAUUUUAAUCCUGACCAAUCAAAAAAGUUAUAUUAAUUAGAUGUGAAGCUAUGGUCAUCAUAAUGUUAUGCUCAUUUAAAUUAACAUAUCACAUCCCGUAAUAUGAAAGCUAGAGAUAAAACAUGCUGUUGUUGCAAAGUAUGA